CCGGUUUCUCUCGCGCUAUUCCCGCCUCUUCCGUUCUGCUGCCGAGAUUUAACGGACUCUCGCGAUAUCUAGGCCUCUUCCCAGGCCUACAAGCGUCGGUGGCGGCAACGAGAGUUGCCGGCAUCGUCAAGGUCCAGGCCAUGUUCAGCUCCAGCGCGAAGAUCGUGAAGCCCAAUGGCGAGAAGCCGGACGAGUUCGAGUCGGGCAUCUCCCAGGCCCUCCUGGAGCUGGAGAUGAACUCGGACCUCAAGGCCCAGCUGCGCGAGCUGAACAUCACGGCCGCCAAGGAAAUCGAAGUGGGCGGCGGUCGGAAGGCCAUCAUCAUCUUUGUGCCGGUGCCCCAGCUGAAGUCCUUCCAGAAGAUCCAGGUGCGGCUCGUGCGCGAGCUGGAGAAGAAGUUCAGCGGGAAGCACGUGGUCUUCAUCGCCCAGAGGAGAAUUCUGCCUAAGCCAACUCGAAAAAGCCGUACAAAAAAUAAGCAGAAGCGUCCCAGAAGCCGCACCCUGACAGCCGUGCACGAUGCCAUCCUGGAGGACCUGGUUUUCCCGAGUGAGAUUGUGGGCAAGAGAAUCCGCGUGAAGCUGGACGGCAGCCGCCUCAUCAAGGUCCAUUUGGACAAAGCACAGCAGAACAACGUGGAGCACAAGGUUGAAACAUUUUCUGGUGUCUAUAAGAAGCUCACGGGCAAGGACGUUAAUUUUGAAUUCCCAGAGUUUCAGUUAUAAACAAAUAACGAAAUAAAAUACUAUUCACAGAA